GGACGCUGGCAUGCAAGGGGGAGGCAUAUGGCGUGUGAUAUGACGACGGAAUGUCUGAGGAUGCAUGCAACUUCCCAGCUGAAAGAGGAGGCAAUGGCUCUUACAUCAUUCGGCCUGGCGAGACGCCAGAAGCCUCAGCGUGUCGGUGGCUGGCUACCCAAGGACCCGCAGCUUCUCAUCGGGUGGUUGCGAGACCUCGUCGGGGAAGUCAACAAGAAAAAGUCUUUCGCCCCAGUGGGUUCAUUCAUCCUGAGCGAGCCAGUUCAGCAACUCAAAGAACUCAUCGAGAGCACCGCUGAACUGCGAAUGCUGGCUUCCGGCAUGUUCGACGAGGUCCCCGACAAGGCUCCCUACAACGAGGAUCCUGUCGGGAACAAGCAGCUCAAUUCGUACCAUGAGAUGCUCGAAAUGUUUGACUUUGUCAUGCAUCACAAAGCUCCGUCCUGGAAGAAGCUCGAGUACGACGUGGGCUUGAUUGGAUUUCCGUUCAACGCCAUCUUGGACUGGCCAAUGGCCACAGCCUCCGGAUACGCCUUCUUCCUCAAGCCCGAGGUCAAUGCCAAGCUCAAAGUGAUUCUCGACACCUGGAAGAGGGAGGUGCUCAUGACCGAGAAGUCGCAAUAUGACUCUCUGGUGCACAUCGAAAACGACACCAACGUCACCGACCAGGAGUUGACGUUCCAGCAAAUCUUCCAGUGUGAUCCGCAAGGCGACCCCGAGCACUGGGGUUUCAAGUCCUGGGAUGACUUCUUCGUCCGCAAGUUCAAGAACAUGGACCAGAUCCGCCCAGUCGCUUUCCCAAAGCAGCCAGAGUGGGUGGCCAACUCGUGCGAGUCCAAGCCCUUUGCCCUGCAGUCAAACGUCCGCGAGUUUGAUUCGUUCUGGCUCAAAGGGCAGGCGUACUCUGUCAAUGAGAUGCUCAAUAAGCAUCAGUACGCCGAGCAGUUUGUAGGCGGCACCGUCUACCAAGCGUUCCUGAGCGCCACCUCGUACCACCGCUGGAACUCGCCUGUAUCUGGCCAAGUUGUCCACACAGAGGUCGUCGACGGAACGUACUUCUCAGAGCCCACCAUCACAGGCUUUACCUCUCCCGACGGUCCUGACCCGGCUGCUCCUGAUCGAGCCCAGGGCUACAUCAGCCACAUCGCCACGCGGGCCAUCUUCUUCAUCGAGGCCCCGCAGCCAAUUGGUCUCAUGGCAGCCAUCUACAUCGGCAUGGCGGACGUUUCGUCGUGCGAGAUUCUGGAAAAGUACCAGGCCAAGAAUCUGCCUGCGGCUGUGGAAAAGGGCGACGAAAUUGGCUUGUUCCACCAUGGCGUGAACCUGGCGAAGAAGAACUUGCCGAUUCGAGGCCCGCUGGCAGUUGCGUAUUGAUGUCGACUGAUGAUGUGCGUUGA